CCCACCUAUUACGUUGAGUGAACGCCAGCCCGCCUAUUACAUGUAUUACAUUGAGCGGUUACUGCAAACUGCACCGUUCACGUACAGUUUCUCUUUCCCAGCUCAUGGGUAAAAACGUUAAAAAGUACUUAUUGUCAUUGUUACUCUCAUCGUUGGUAUUAAUACCCAGAGUGUAACAAUUAAAGCCGUGUCCCGUCAUCAGCUGUUCAAUUUUAUCAAGUGCAGUAGAUCAAGGCCGGCAGGAGGUGUAUGAUCAUCAUUGGUCGUAACGGAGUUGUUUCGUAAGCUAUAAUGAGCGAUUUUAUAAUCAGAGAAGCCACCCGUGAUGAUUGCCAAGGCAUUUUAGCAUUAGUUCAGGAGCUAGCGAAUUUUGAAGAUAUGCCAGGUGGACCAAAAAUUGGACCAGAUGUUUUACAACGUGACGGCUUUGAUGUAGAACAUCCAUUGUUUAAAUGUUUUGUUGCUGAAUUGAAAAAUAGAGAACAAUCUUCAAAUGAGGGUAAUGUGGAUACUAGAGGUUUAGUUGGUUAUGCACUAUUUUACAAUACAUAUUCAACCUGGCAAGGACCUAGUCUUUACUUGGAAGAUAUUUAUGUAACUCCUAAUGUCCGAAACAAGGGAAUUGGUUCGGCUCUUUUUGACAAAGUGGUGAAAAGUCUUUGUUUAUUUGUUGCUGUUGGGGCAUAAUGUUUUGACAACAGAAGACCUGGAAAAUUUGCAAUGCCAAGAUUCAAUACAUCUCAUAACUUAAUGUCUGAAAAUCAGUGAAGUAAUCCAAACAGACAUCCAUUCUGAUGGGCUUGAGGCUAGUUCAGAAUAGAUUGUAAAAUUUGAUUAAAUUUUAAAAUUGUUCAUUUUUAUCUGAUUUAUUAUUCAUAUACAGGUUUAAGUGUGUUGUGAUAAUUGUGUUCUUAUGAAAUUUACUGGUGAGAUGUAAGCGUCCAUAAAAAUUUAUAUUCCCUUCAAGAGAUCUAUAAAUUGAUAUUAUAAUUACAAUUUGAUCUGUUAAAAAAUUGCAUAGGCCUUAUGACAUUUUUCAACAAAAAAAUCUGUAAAUGAUAUAUUUCAAUUCCACAUCCCAUCCCCCCUCUAAUGAAAAUAUUAAAAAACACCCAUGGAAAACAACUGACUGUUUGAAAUGUUAAGAUGUUACAAAAUGAAAUAAAUAAAAAGUAAUGCAAAAAAUUCCAUUGUACUAUAAUUU